GUGCUCAAUGCUGAAUAUCUACAAUUCAAGGGCAUUAUAUAUUUGCACCUAAUUAUGUCUUCUGGUUCGGAUACUGGCAACACACAGGAGUCCAUAAAACAUGGCCUUAUUCCAGGCGUGUCUCAGUUUAAAAUGGUGAAUUACUCGUAUGAUGAAGAUCUUGAGGAAUUGUGUCCAGUAUGUGGAGAUAAAGUCUCUGGGUAUCACUAUGGACUUCUUACCUGUGAAAGCUGCAAGGGGUUCUUUAAACGAACAGUCCAGAACAACAAAAGGUACACAUGCAUAGAAAAUCAAAGCUGCCAGAUUGAUAAAACCCAGAGGAAGCGUUGCCCGUAUUGUCGAUUUCAAAAAUGUCUAAGUGUUGGGAUGAAGUUGGAAGCUGUAAGAGCUGACCGAAUGCGUGGAGGCCGAAACAAAUUUGGACCAAUGUACAAGAGGGACCGGGCACUGAAGCAGCAAAAGAAAGCCCUAAUCAGAGCAAAUGGACUCAAGUUGGAAGCCAUGACUCAGGUGAUUCAAGCGAUGCCCACUGACCUAACAAUAUCCUCUGCAAUCCAGAAUAUCCACUCUGCCUCCAAAGUCCUACCUCUGAACCACACAGCUUUGCCUCCCACAGACUAUGACAGAAGUCCCUUUGUAACCUCUCCAAUUAGCAUGACAAUGCCACCACAUGGUAGCCUACAAGGGUACCAGACCUACAGUCACUUUCCAAGCCGUGCUAUUAAGUCUGAGUACCCCGACCCUUACACUAGCUCCCCAGAGUCAAUAAUGGGCUACUCAUACAUAGAUGGUUAUCAUCAGACAAGCUCACCAGCAAGUAUUCCUCAUCUGAUAUUGGAACUUUUGAAGUGUGAGCCAGACGAGCCACAGGUCCAGGCGAAGAUCAUGGCAUACUUGCAGCAAGAGCAAGCCAACAGAAGCAAGCACGAAAAGCUCAAUACCUUUGGGCUUAUGUGCAAAAUGGCUGACCAAACCCUCUUCUCGAUUGUUGAGUGGGCCAGGAGUAGCAUUUUCUUCAGAGAACUUAAGGUUGAUGACCAAAUGAAGCUGCUUCAGAACUGCUGGAGCGAACUCUUAAUUCUAGAUCACAUUUAUCGGCAAGUGGUACAUGGGAAAGAAGGCUCCAUCCUUCUUGUCACUGGGCAACAAGUGGAUUACUCAGUAAUAGCAUCACAAGCAGGAGCCACACUCAACAAUCUUAUGAGUCACGCACAAGAGCUAGUAUUAAAACUACGAUCUCUGCAGUUUGAUCUACGAGAGUUCGUGUGUCUCAAAUUUUUGGUGCUAUUCAGUUUAGAUGUCAAAAAUCUAGAAAACUUCCAGCUGGUGGAAGGUGUUCAAGAACAAGUAAACACUGCUUUGCUGGACUAUACAAUGUGCAACUAUCCGCAGCAGACAGACAAAUUUGGGCAGCUUCUCCUGCGGCUCCCGGAAAUCCGGGCGAUCAGUAUGCAGGCUGAAGAAUACCUCUACUACAAACACCUGAAUGGGGACGUGCCAUGUAAUAACCUCCUCAUUGAAAUGUUGCAUGCAAAAAGAGCAUAAAUUAUAUCCUUUUACAGCUUCUGCAUUUGAGAAAAGAAAAAAAAAACUCUGAACUGCUCCGAGCAACCCUAAUUAAAAGAACUUGGUUUAAAAGAACUUUGCAAAAAAUGGUAUAAUAAUCAAAUACUUAAUAGUAAAUAAAUGAUGUAUCAGGGUAUUUGUAUUGCAAACUGUGAAUCAAAUGCUACACAGUCUCCCCAAAGGAACAUGUAUAGGACUUCAUCACCGGAUUGAAAGGAAGC